GUGAGUUAUUCCGAAAGCGAUCGCGAAACAACAAUGCUAAGAAACGUCUUACUAGCCGUUGCGUUACUAAGUGUGGGCUCUUGCCAGAGCAGAAGACACAAGGUCGAGGAUCCCUUCGUGGCACUAGACAAACAUGUGUCAAACACUCUUGCCUAUCACUAUUUAUGGCCGUGGAGCCAGCUCAUCAGGGCGGCCGCGCUCCUGGACGCCGAAGACAGCUUAGAAGAGCCGCAAAUAAUCGCAAAUGACGACAAACUUGAAGUGAACAUGAACGUGAAGAGAUUCAGUCCUGAUGAGAUCAAAGUAACAGUGAAAAACAAAUACAUCACGGUCGAAGGAAAGCAUAAGGAAGCCGGCGACAUAAAGAAGUUCUUGACGAAUCAUUUCGUUCAGAGAUUCGUUUUACCGCCCGGCAGCAAACAGGAAGAAGUGCGAGCGAUUUACAAAGAAAACGGUAUAUUAACUGUUUUGGUUCCAAAACACGAACUGCCACCGCCACCACCAGAAAGAUUAGUUCCCAUCGAAGUAAUAAAGCCAGAAGCCACAACAGACAGUACGGACAAAAUUGUGGUUACCACAGAAAAGUCUUCGAUUCCAACAUCCACUGCUGCCCCGCUAGAAGAACUGGAUUUGGCUGAGGCGACAACGCACGCUGGCAAAAUCAGGAAGAAGGAACUCAAAACCACGACUAAAACGACAAGAGACAAUGAAGUCGCAAAGGGUAUCGACGGAAACGGAUUGGACUACGCCCUUGUGGAACCAGAUUCCGAGUGACCGAUUCAUAGUUAAUAGUGAACUAAGACUGAUUUAGGCUUUAAGACCUAAAGACAAAGGUAUGACAAUUGAUAAUUUUCAUUGUCUACGUGAUAUUCAUUAAGCAGUUGUUUUUUUUUUUCGUUUUCAAAAUAAACGUUAUUUAUUGAAU